UCUACUGUGUGUUGUAGCGUCUUCUAUAUAUUAGAAAUACCUCAAAGUAUUUUCUGUUUUUAAUAAGUAUUCAUUUUGUAAGAAAAUUAUGAAGAAGAAGCAUAUCCCCUCAUAUAGCAAGCACACACAAGUGCAAAGGACAAAAACAACAAAUGAUCAUCAGCUAAGUUUAGUAACACAAGAUGAAACUUUGCUAACAAAAUGUUUCAUAGGGAAGAGUAUUAUUGGAGGGCCUUCUUGGUUAGGCUUAAUGAAGAAGGCUUUUAGAUCACCUAUCAAAGAGAAUGAUAUCAAAACUAAUAGAAGAAGAGAAGAAGCUCAUGACCAAGAGGAAGAAGAAAAGAAGAGAGGAAAACGACGAUGGAUCUUCCGGAAGCCUACGCUUCACGAAACAACAUUAAUUCAUCAAAAUCAAGAUCAAACAGAUGCAGCUACAUCAAGUACUACAACUUCAAGCAAAGGAAAUUUGGGUAUAAAUUUACUGCCAGAAAAUAUUGAUUUGAAGCAAAAAUGUGAAAUUGCAGUGGCCAGAACCAGGGGUGGAUCUAGCUUAUCAGCGGCUCUACCUAUUAUUGCUAAAAAACAAGCAGCAUUAGACAUCAGUACUCGGCUCACACGACCUCCCGUUAUAGUUAAACAACAGUGUGCCAUCCUUACCAUUCAGACAGCAUUCAGAGGGUACUUGGCAAGAAAAGCACUUGGAGCCCUGAAGGGUCUCGUAAAGUUGCAAGCUUUAAUAAGAGGCCACAAUGUUCGAAAACGAGCAAAAGUUACCCUCCAAUGCAUGCAAUCUCUUGUUCGCGUGCAAACUCAGGUGUGUGAUCAACGCAGAAGAUUAUCUUGUGAAGGAAUUAGUUGUGGUUCAAUGUUCAGAGAGACAAAAAGCAUUCUAGAGCUUCACCUCAGUGACAAGGAGUCCACUUCUAUAAAUCAAGCUAGUAUUCCGGACAACGAUGGAUAUGAUCAUUUACAUGCACUAGAAAAAAUUGAAGCUUUGUUACACAAAGCUAAGGAAGCUGCUAAAAAGCGCGAAAAUACUCUUGCUCAUGCAUUCUCUCAAAAGAUGUGGACCUCAAAUAAGGAUGAAGAUUCGAGUAGCAAUACAGGACUUGACGAGGAUUUGAGAGUUUUCCAUAGAAUAGAUGAGAAGAAUCGCAAAAGUAUCAGUAGAGUUUCAUGCGAUCAGCCAAGAGAUUGCAUAAAGAACAUUGAAAUUGACACGACUUGUUCUUAUUCUGAUUCGAAUACUGAGUUUUGGAGAUUACACGAUCAGUAUUAUCACGACCAUCAACAAAAGUUCUAUUCAUCAUAUGCAGUCCCUUCUCCUCUCUCUCAUAGAGCGAAUAUCAACGACUUGCCUAUGACACCACCAGUAAAGAAGAAAAAUAUCCAAGUUCACUCUGCUAGUCCUCGCUGUAGAAGGGAAGAGAAGAACCAUCACCGGAUGGCUCUUCUCUCCCAUAGAGCGAAUGUUGACUCUUUUCCUGUAGCAAUUGAUCAGCCAAAUUACAUGACAGCUACAGCAUCAGCCAGGGCUCGAGAACUGUCACAAAGCGCUCCAAGGCAGAUACCGAUGACUCCAGAAAGAGACAAAACAAGUGCAACAAAGAAACGUCUAUCUUUCCCUAUUCAAUAAAACAUUA